GGCGCAAGGGCUUGUGGGUAGGCAGGUUUUGAAUAGGGAAGAUGGCAGCCGCGGCAGUGGUUGAGUUUCAGAGAGCUCAGUCUCUUAUUAGUACGGAUCGAGACGCUUCUAUCGAUAUUUUACAUUCUAUAGUCAGGCGAGAUGUUCAGCAGGAUGAUGAAGAGGCGGUGCGUGUCAAAGAGCAGAGCAUCCUGGAGCUCGGCACUCUCCUGGCUAAGACAGGACAAGCUGCAGAGCUUGGAGGGCUCCUGAAGUUUGUCAGACCUUUCCUGAUCUCCAUAAGCAAGGCAAAGGCGGCACGACUGGUGCGCUCUCUGUUGGAUCUUUUUCUGGAUAUGGAGGCAGCCACGGGGCAGGAGGUUGAGCUAUGUCUAGAGUGCAUUGAGUGGGCCAAAGCUGAGAAGAGGACGUUCCUCCGACAGGCUCUUGAGGCUCGUUUGAUCUCACUUUAUUUCGACACUAAGAGGUACCAGGAGGCUUUGCAGUUGGGCUCCCAGUUACUCCAGGAGCUGAAGAAAAUGGAUGACAAAGCUUUACUUGUGGAAGUCCAGUUGCUUGAGAGUAAAACCUAUCAUGCGCUCAGUAACCUGCCCAAGGCCAGAGCUGCCCUCACCUCUGCCAGGACCACAGCCAAUGCCAUCUACUGUCCACCCAAACUUCAGGCAGCUUUGGACAUGCAGUCAGGCAUUAUCCAUGCUGCUGAAGAGAAGGAUUGGAAGACCGCGUAUUCUUACUUCUUUGAGGCUUUUGAAGGUUACGAUUCCAUCGACAGCCCCAGGGCCAUCACUGCGCUGAAAUACAUGCUUCUCUGCAAAAUCAUGCUCAAUUUGCCGGAGGAAGUCCAAGCCUUGAUCAGUGGCAAACUGGCCUUGCGUUAUGCUGGGAGACAAACAGACGCACUAAAGUGUGUAGCGCAAGCCAGCAAGAACAGAUCAUUAGCAGACUUUGAAAAGGCGCUUACUGAGUACACAAAAGAGCUGAGAGAUGAUCCAAUCAUCAGCACACACCUGGCCAAACUCUAUGAUAACUUGUUGGAGCAGAACCUUAUCCGGGUCAUUGAGCCCUUCUCCAGAGUACAGAUAACACAUAUAUCAGAUCUCAUCAAACUCUCAAAGGGUGAUGUUGAGAGAAAGCUGUCGCAAAUGAUCCUGGACAAGAAGUUUCAUGGCAUCCUUGACCAAGGUGAGGGAGUCCUGAUCAUAUUUGAGGAGCCUCCUGUUGAUAAGACCUAUGAGGCAGCCCUCGAAACCAUCCAGAACAUGAGCAAAGUUGUGGACUCACUGUACAACAAAGCUAAGAAGUUGACAUAGAACAAACACAAAAGGAUGCUACUCUGCAGAGUGGAUGUGUGUGAGUGUAUGUCUGCAUGUGUGUGUGGCCAACAUGUGGAAACUUUUUUUUGUCAAGGCGAGAAGGGACAAUUAUAGAGUAAGAAUCACAAAUUUCAAUGGGAUUCACUUGUUCCAACUGAGUUUUUAACUCCUCUUUCAAUGGACAAUUUCAUCCUUCUCUUCUUAAUUUUGAUGGUUUUUUCCUCCCCGAUGUAUCUCUCAUCGGCCAACAUGGCCAUCAGGGAAUAUUGUACAACUACAAUAAAGUCUCAUAAAGUCA